CGCGACAUUGUCAAUUUUGACAUCGAGCACUAAACUCUGAUAUUAUUUGUUUAUCAACGAGAAAAGCGAAGAGAAAUUGUUGAAGGCGUUUGCGUACUAAAUAAAUGUUGUAGCCGUAAUCCUCGAUAAUUACAGCAGGUGACUUUUUCCAAGAUGGGUGGUGCAGUGAGCACAGGUCAGGACAAUAAUGACUUAAUAGACAAUUUGGUGGAGGCGGAUUACAUUAGGACAUUCUCAGUCGAGACCGUAUUUCGUGCCGUCGAUCGAGCAGAUUAUUUUCUGCCCAGCUCGCGAGGUAAUGCCUACAAGGAUCUGGCAUGGAAGAGCGGAAAUCUGCACCUGUCGGCCCCUUGCAUUUACAGUGAGGUGAUGGAGGGAUUAAAUUUGCAGACCGGUUUGAGUUUUUUAAAUCUGGGUUCCGGUACCGGCUAUUUGAGCACGAUGGUGGGGUUAAUCAUCGGCUCCAAUGGUAUAAAUCACGGUGUCGAGAUUCACGAGGAUGUUAUACAGUAUGCCAAUAAGAAAUUGGAAGAUUUUAAACGUUGUUCCGGUGCGAUAGAUCAAUUUGACUUUUGCGAGCCGAAAUUCUUACAAGGAAAUUGUUUGUGCCUUAGUAGCGAUGUUCCGCAGUAUGAUCGCGUAUAUUGCGGUGCCGCUUGUCCGUUGGCGCACGAAAACUACAUGAAAAAUCUGUUGAAAAUCGGCGGGAUACUUGUAAUGCCUCUCGAUGAUCAAUUGGUCCAAAUUAAACGCACAUCCGAAAGUAAUUGGGACGUACGCUCGCUGUUGCCUGUCUCUUUCGCCACACUUAUACAACCUCAGAAUGGGGACCAGGAUAUUGUCUCAAUGAUACCGAUAGAACCCCUAUCGCUUCAAGCAUUAUGCAGAGUAGUCGUCCGAAAUAUUCUCCGUACAAACCUAGAGGAAGAAUAUCCCAAUUUAAAAUCAUGCCCCUCAACAAAAAAAGUAACAAAAAAGAAACGCGCCCUAAGGCGCUUGGUCGUUCCAUUCUUUGAUUCGUCAGAAGAUAGCAGUGAUAACGGCGAGCAUAACAGAAACAGAGAUUUGGGGCGCGUUAAUUUAGCGAAUGAUGAAGAUAAUGAGAAUCAAAAUGAAAAUAAUGAUACUCGGGAUGUAAGUGCAUUAAUCGAUAUGGUUUUAGGGAAACUUCGCGAUAGGCGAAAUGUAAGUCAAGAUACUCAGAAUAAACAAUCCAAUACUACUCAAACCACAAAAACAUAUAAGAGCAAAGAAUUUAUCGACACUGAAGAUGACAGCGAUGACGAUGAAGCUUCCGGUACCAAUACCGAAGCAAACGGAUACCGCUGUUGUGAUAGCACAACGGUUCAUGCAGAUAAUGUAGAAAAUAGUAUAGAAAUAUGUCCACAAUCUUCGCCGAGCAAGUCGUCAUUUUGUAAAAAAGUAGAGGCCGUGAUUGAACAUCCACAGGGAGACGUUGUACCAAAGGCAAGUAAGCCAGACAGCGUACACGAAGAGAAAUCUGACACAUCGAAUCAAAACCAUAGAGAAAGACGUAUUACAGCAGAAGAUGAGAUAGAAGUCGACAUGGAAGUUGAAGAUGAGGUGCCAGUCAGCAAAACAGAAAAACAACCAAACAAAUCCAAAAGGGAAAAGUUUGACAGCGGAUUGGGAGAUGAAAUGAUCGACAAACAUUCUGGAUCCGAUGCAUGCGAUUCAGAUCAUGCUAUGGACGUUGAAUCGUCCUCUAGCGCUGACAGUGAUCAGGACGAGAAAAGACCGAAAAGAGGAUCUAGAGUACCUGUUGCCGGAUCGAUAGUACGUGGAAAAGUGCGACGUGUCACCUUACCUAACUCAAUAUUCGACAGCAGCGAUUCCGAAGAAGAGAAUCCAGAUGACAGUUCUGAGCCUAACGAAAUUAGAACCAUAUCGAGUCCCUACACCGCACUCUUGAAAAAUAAAAUCAAAGACCUUCCAUUACCGACGGUUCUAAAAAAUUACCUUAAUUUUUACAGGGAAUUUUAAAAUACAGCUGGCAACACUAAAUGGAUAAUAUUAAUCAAUUUUGUACGUAAUAUAGUGUUUUCAUCCCUGUAGAUCUGUUGAAUACAUAUAUUUAAAACUG